AUGGUUCUUUCCUGGAUUCUAAGAUCUUUGUCUCCAUCAAUAGCUCAAAGUGGUCUUUGGAUUGACUCUGCUUUAGAGGUAUGGAAAGAUUUGUUUGAUAGGUUUUCUCAAGAAAAUGCUGUUAGAAUGUCUGAUUUACAAGAGGAAAUGUAUGCUUUUAAACAAAAUGCUUUGUUUGUCGCUGAUUAUUUCACUCACUUGAAGAUUCUGUGGGAUGAAUAUUCAAAUUUAAGGAUAGUUCCAGUGUGUAGUUGUAAUCCUCAACGUAAUUGUGAUGCUUUGAAAGUGGUGAAAGAUCAGCAAGAUGCAGAUUAUAUAAUUCGUUUGUUGAAAGGCUUAUCUGAGUCUUAUUCAAUUGUAAGGAUUCAAGUCUUGAUGAAAGAACCAUUGCCUAAGAUUAAUAAAGUUUUUUCUAUGGUUUUACAUCAUGAAAGACAAAUGGGUUUAGGGGAUUUUAGUAGUCAGAUUGUUGAGCCAUUUGUUUUUGCAACUCAAGCUAAUUCAUCUUAUCAAAGAAAGGUUCCUGCAUAUGGUGGUUUUAAUGGUAAUAGGCAAUUUGGUUAUGGUAAUUAUGCUAAUAACUUUAGGCCACAAAGAGGGCAAAGAAAGUUCUAUAAUACAAAUAAUGGUGAUCUUCAAAAACCUGUAUGCACUUUCUGUGGUCUUUCUAGACAUACAGUAGAAUUUGUUUUAGGAAACAUGGGUUUCCACCAGGAACUUGAAGACAAGGAUUUUGUUCCUGUUUUUACUAAGGAUCAGUAUAAGCAGCUAAUGAAUAUGUUACAGCAGAAUGCAAUAGCAGGAUCUCCAAAGAUUAAUACUAUUGCUACUAACUUCAAUGCUGCAAAUAUAGAAGCUGAAUCUGAUUCUGGUGCUACUGAUCACAUCACUUGCUCUUUGCAAUCUUUUAAUUCAUAUAGGAAAGUUGUUAAUGUGUAUGAGUGUAUUUGCCAAGAAUCCCCAGCAUAUUUUCCAAGAAUCGGAAUUUUGCUCCGAGACCAGAAGUCAGCUGGCCCUUGGCAGGCUCAUAGUCGUGGGCCGGCUGAGCUGCUGUUUGUGGCUUAUUUCUGGUUCGGUUCGAUUCAAGGACUUUAUCAACUUGAUAAAUCAUAUUUUGAGAAUGUUAAGAUUGUUUCUGUGAAUGUUGUAGUUGACAAUUCUGCUUCUGUGAGUGAUGAUGAUGUGAUCAAUGUGCAUUGA